AUGUACAAGGUUAGUCCAGAAAUCGAAUCAGGCGAUGCUGCUCGGAGUUUUUUGUUUGGAGCUCUGAAAAAAACCGAGAAUUUGCCUCUAACCUCCGAUGUUCAUGUUCUACACCUGCAUAUGGAAAGGUGUCACUACCAAAGCGCCCAUAUCGCCAAACCAAGUGUUCCCAACCCGGAGAACUGUGGCUGGAGAGUUGACGGCACUAGUCUGGAACCAAUCCUCAUGAGACUACCUCCUAUUCCCGCCUCUUACGACGCUCUUCGUGCAUGUGGUUGCAAUGGAAUGUGCCAGACAAAUCAGUGCCGGUGCCUGGAACAGCAUUGGACCCAUGCAUGA